ACAAGCAUGCCAAAAGCACAAGUUCUCAAUGUUUACAGGUUGAUGGCCGUGGAGAUUGUCGAGUUUACGGUAACAGUUCCCAUGUUUUGACCACGAGAUGGAGCUGUUCUUCCGUUAAUAAGGCAGUAUACGGUAGAGGCAGCAGUAAAGAAUAAACCACAUUCACUGCGGGUUGCUGGCUUAAGCAAGCUCAGCUUUCUUGAACGUUUGAUGUCUUACACUGCGAGAUACCAAUUUGAAAAUGGGCUAUGACCUUGCCAGAUUCGAAGGAGAAGUCGACGAAGAGCUCCUUUGUUUGAUAUGCAGCGGCGUCCUGGAGAACCCAGUACAGGCUCCCGUUUGUGAACAUGCCUUCUGCUCGGCAUGUAUCCAUGAGUGGUUAAAACGACAAAGUACCUGUCCUGUGGAUAGGCAAGUCAUUACUUCAGCGCAAUUACAGUCUGUCCCAAGGAUAUUAAAAAACCUUUUAGCAAGGUUGACGAUACAGUGCUGUAAUGUCGAGUUUGGCUGCAGCGCCUGGGUCAAAUUGGAUGUUUUAAAUGCUCAUCUGUCUGAGUGCGAGCACAACCCUAAACGGCCGGUUCACUGCGACCUUGGAUGCGGCCUUGUGAUCCCCCUGGACGAGAUUGGCCAGCAUAAUUGCGUCAGAGAGCUGAGAAGCAUCAUCCAGACACAAUCCGGCCAAAUAACUGACUUGCUUGAAAAGGUUCAGGAUCAGCAGCAACAACUUAUUGAAAACAAACAGGAGAUUUUAUUGUUAAAGGACAUUAUGCGAAGUUUUAGUGUAUCGGCGGCUAAUUUAUCUCUACCGUCGCCAUCGCGAAGGAGCUUUAUUGACCACGGUGGCACGGACGAGGUUCAGCGAUGGAUACAGACUUUACAACCCGCGCGGGUUACUCGUUGGGGCGGUAUGAUAUCCACACCGGAUGCUGUUUUACAAGCAGUGAUUAGACGGUCGCUUUCUGAUAGCGGUUGCCCGUCUUGCAUUAUAGAUGACCUAAUGGAAAGCGCUCAUGAACGGAGGUGGCCCCCAGGAUUAAGCACGUUAGAAACAAGGCAGUUGAAUAGACGUAAAUACGAGCAAUACUUUGCGAGGCGGAUACCGGGCAAGCAAGCCGUGAUUGUUAUGUCCUGUGAAAACCAGCAUAUGGGUGAACCUAUGAUACUCGAACCCGGUUUAGUUAUGAUCUUUGCGCACGGUAUCGAGUGAUCGGUUAAUGCUUGUAUUGCUAUUUUGUGUGUUUAAACAUGGAGUAUUAGGUUUGGUCUGUUAAAAUCUGAGCGUCUUUGUAAGCAUUGAUACACCUAGUUAAUACGAUGAUGUUUAUGCAUUGUGUUUCGAUAAUGUGAAGCCGAAUAUCGUAUUUUUUUCAUAUUUGUAAAAAAUAGAGCCCUAAAGAUAUGCUACACAUCUAUUUGUAUUGAACUAGGCUUCCAUGUUGCCGUAAGCCCUGAAGUCAGCGCUGUGACGCACAACCUAUGGUUUUCCCUGCGCGUGAAAACAUUCAAAGUGCAUGACGGGAUAGAUAGAUCGCGCUGAAACAUGGUAGAGGUAUAAGGAAGCAGCUUUGAGGCGCAGCUUUGAGGGGCAGCUUUGAGGCGCAGCUUUGAGGCGCAGCUUCCGUAUUAAAGAAAUAAUCAAUGUAUUUGUGGAGGGGCAGUGAAGCGUUGUUUCCACCCACUUAAACUGGACGCGUCUAAGAUGAACUAGGGCAGCAACACUCAGCCUGUACUUAGCGGUUGUAUAAGUGGAAAUCCAGGGGUUACCUAAAUAUCUAAAAAAGACAAGUGUUAGCAUAAUAAAGUGUAAAAAUUAUGAGGCUACAGGAAAAAAUAGGGAAUGGUUUUGAAAUUUGUACCUCGAAGCUGAGUAGCAAAAAUUACAAUUUUGCUUCUCUUCAAAUUUUUCUUCUAUCGUCAACUUUCUAUCCAAAAUUGGUCGUCAAUUAUUCUAUAAAUAUUUAUAAACAGUUCGAAAUUAUUUUCGAACUUAGAAGCAGUCAUGGCAAACCAUAGAACCAAUUCCUUUUUCGCAAUUAAUUUUGAGUUUCAUAUAAACAAAUUUAGGCCUUCUUUGUAUUCUAAGUAAUGCGACAGCGAUAGGUUUACCCCAGGGACUCUAAAUAUUUCACUCUCACCAACAAGAAGACGAACAACAACAACUUUUCACAGCUCCAGAUCUAGGCCUGUAAUAAAAUGGCCGAAUGCACGUGUAAAGAGACAACUUGACGUAUUAACAACGCUAACUUUUAAUCCCAAGGUAUGUUUUUCUUUCCGUUGUAUUCAAAUUUAAUGUAACAUAACUACCCGGUAUGACAAUAAUAGGCUUUGCACAUUGAAAAUUAUUUUACUUCUGUCAAAACAUUUUGACUUCUCAGGUGUUUUGUAAGGCCCAAUUUGCUCAUUUCAUCUCGUGUUGCUAAUAAGAUGUUCGUUACUCGCCAAGGUUGUUUUAUUCGCUCAGUAUGGGUGGCUACAGUUAACCUGCAAUGAUUGAGCCUAGCUUUACCUAGUAAAACGUCCAAUUUUGGUUCUAAUUUCAAGAAUAUUUAUAUAAGUAUCUUGGCUGUUUGUGUCGAACUUCGGUCAUCAACGGCCAUUUGUUUUUGUCCUUUGCGUAGCAUUGUAAUGAUUUCUAAUGAUUUAAGUUUUAUAAAGAUUUGCAAACUGUUUGUUAAAAAAGGAUGAUGUUUUGAAAAAAUAUUUAUUAUAAAAGAAAACUCUUUAUCAAAAACUAAUCUUGACACACUGUAGUCUAGAUGUGUUUUUGCAUCUCUAUUUUAGUGCCCUCCCCCAAGUUAUAAAUUCUGAUCCUCGUGGAAAUAGUUUUGCCUACAUGGUAAAUCAGUUAGAUACAGUAUUUCCUCGAAUUAGCCCCACCUCGAAAAAGCCCGCACCGUAGAACUACAAAUUGUCAAUAAGACCCCCCCCCCCGAAUAAGCCCACACUGCUACCAUAAAUUCUCGAAUUGGACCCCUCACUUUGAUGAUUCUUCCCAUCUGAGGUUGCCUAUAUGGUGUUUUAUUGAAUAACCAUAACAAAUUCAUACUUUUGGUAGUAAUUAAUUAAAUGCUCAUAAAGAAAUUCCUACUAAAAUAUACGAGAUAUUUUAAUAAUGUAUUCUUAAUGCCUGCAAUAAUUUAUAAGCCCCCCCCCUUCUUAUAAGCCCCCUAAUAGGCCCCCAUCCAAAAAUAUCAAAAAUAAAUAAGCUCCCAGGGGGCUAAUUCGAGGAUUUACGUUAUUUAAAAAUGUGGUUUGGAUCAAGGCUCAAGAUUAACCCUUCCAGAUCACUGCCAACACGACUCUAGUAUUAUUCUCCACCGCUUUAUUGAUGCUUUCUGCCAAAUCGCAUACUGCCGUCAUUUGUCUGAUAAGAAAAAACGUGUUUAUCAUGGAGACUUUGUCUGUAAUAAUUUUUGUGUUUUUGCGGUUAUGCAUGUAUCAAUUUGUGUUGCUUAAUUUAUAUGACAUUAUUACAAUAGAAGCCCGUCAAAAAAGCGCCAAUGACAGUUGUAUAGAAUUUAGACAUACUUUGUACUGUUGUUAAGGAUUUUGGUCUAGAAUCAAUGAUUUGGACUUAAAUUGUCUGCCCACUCAACGUAUUUCAGAUUUUUUUUUUUAAUUUGCCUUCAAAAUCCAUAUUUUGAGUAAUUUGCUAUUUCGUGUCCCAUAAAUAAAAAAGACGCGGUACCUUUGAUAGAAUUUAUCGGUUAUCUGCCGAAAACUUUGACCUGAUAGCACUAGCAACGGAUAGAUUAUUUCCCUUUGUCACGUGACAUUUGUCUUGUCGCCAUGAUCACAGUCAAUUCUAUUGACUAUGCCAUGAUGAAUCACAACCUAGCCUUGGAUACACAUAGCAACGCAUAAUUUAUGCCAUGGGGAUAUUGAACGAUAGUUUAUCUUUGCCGAUUUCGAAACAUUAAAGGCCUCUGACACAGUUAAAAGUGGCUUACAGCCACUCGACCACGAGCGGUUGACCAAUCAAAUUGCGCACAGAGAAAAACACGUGAACAGUUUCCGCCUUUCUGCAAAUCGGUGAAAGAUGAAAAUGACGAAUACACUCACGCGGUAAGACUGGGAUCUAAUAAAAUUUGAAAACGGCGGGAAAAUUUCGAGGGUGGGUUUUCGUCGAAAUUUUCCCGCCGUUUUCAAAUUUUAUUAGAUCCCAGUCUUACCGCGUGAGUGUAUUCGUCAUUUUCAUCACAUAAAAUUUGUAAUAAUGGUCAAUUAUCUUUGGAAAAUCAUGAUUGAAAUUACUUUGGGCUGUUGCUGAAAUUUUUCACUUUUAUGAAAUCAAUUUCGAUUCCAGAGGACAAAGAUACAUUUAUUAAGUUCGAGGGUGAAUAUGAAAGCCUUCGUGCCGUUGUGAUAAUUACAUAGGCGAUCACCGCCGAAUCUAAGGCUGAACAGUGAGUGCAUCCAUGACGGGAUUAUGAACCAUUCCUAGAUUUAAGAUAAUGCGGCGAAAAGAAAGAAAUAAUGUUUAGAUUUCACACUUUGGUAAAAAGAAAGAAGAGCCAAUGGUUCCAAGGCCUGUUACAUUGGCACAAAAACGAUCCAGGACAGACAGGUAUGUUGUAAUAAAAUAUUUUACGGUAGUUUUUGCUAUUCUCUUGAUAAAGCGAUGUGUGUUUUCUGCGCGAAUAUAAAUUACAACUUUAGAAACUAUUAUUAGGCCUAAACCUGGCACCGAAGAGCGUUGCGAAAAAUGGCGGGGGGGGGGGGC